AUGGGCGCUCCUGACGUUGCAGCGCAGCCCGGCGCUGGCUGGGACGAAGCGCAAUGCACAGCAGCACUCGCGCAACUGGAGCAGCUCCAGGCGCAGAUCAGCGACAUGCGCCUAGCCAUCCCCCGCAUCAUCGAGCCCUUCCACCGCCCUCGCAGUUCCGCGACGUAUAAACUCUACGCGGACGGCGUACUCGGCUCCCAGAAGAACCUCGAUGCGCUCAAGAGCCAGUGGAAGUCAUCAGAAACCCAAAGCACUUUCGAACACGUCAAGCAGAGCCUCGGCGCAAAUGCGGAUCUGUCGGAGAGCGUCUCUGUACCUUCUCAUGGCUGGACGGAAAGAGCGCGCAAGGCUAAGGAGUCGACGAAGAAUCAGGGAGGGGAGAAUAAAGAGGAUACUGGUGCUAUUGUCACUGACGAGGAUAUUGAGAGGAUUGUGGUGGAAUUUAGAAAGGCGCAUCCGAAUCUCAAGGUCGAAACACAUGAUGAGGAUCGCAGCAUCCAGACACGAUUCGUAGCUGGCUCUCUGAUGCUGAAGUUCCGCGUUGGCAUCGAGCGCGACGCGAACGGACGGCACAGACUCAACGCAGAGUGUUUGGGGACAACGGAGCCCUUUUUGGCCAUCACAAGAUGUAUUGCAUCACGGCCGAACCCAGAUGAUUUGAAGUAUCUUUUGGAUAUGAUUGCUGCGUACAAGACUGUGAAAGGAACGUCGUGUGCUAAAUGCAAGAAACUUCUGGAUAAUUCGGCGUUGACGCCUACUGCGCGACGAAGUAAACAGGUCGCUGGAACGACUGAUGCUCUCGAAACCGUGUGGGAAGCUUUUCAUGAAGGCUGUAUCUGA